AUGAGCGAAGAAGAUUCAUUUGCGUCAUGUCAUGCUCUACGAAUAUCGGAAAGGUGUAACGGUGUAAAAAACAUUCAGGACGUUUACCACGACCGUGCACCAGCUCUUCGUACAGUAAAAAAAUGGUUUGCAAAAUUCAGUCUUGGCGAUUUCCAACUGGACGACGAGCCACGCUCUGGCCGACCUUCUUUGAUAGACGAUGACGUUGUGGUUAAUUUAUUGCAAAAUAGUCCCCGAAUUUCAACUGAAGAAGUUGCAGAGGAACUUACCGUCGACAGAUCGACCGCAUUUAGACGUAUUAAAAAGCUUGGUUACAAUUUAAAGCUCGACGCGUGGGUGUCGCAUUGGCUGACAGAAGCCAACCAAUUAAAUCGAAUUUCUGCUGCGAUUUCAUUGCUUGGCCGACUAGAUAAAGAGCCAUUUUUGAGUCGAUUGGUCACUGGUGACGAGAAAUGGAUACUUUAUAACAAUUUUCAGCGGAAAAGAACUUGGAAAAUGUCAAAUGAACGUUCAGAUCCGAUGGCAAAGUCCAAUCUGCAUCCUGAGAAAGUGAUGCUUUCUGUUUGGUGGGAUUGGCAAGGGAUACUGUACUUUGAGCUGUUGCCCGUGGGGCAAAUAAUUCAUUCUGAUAAGUACUGUCAGCAGUUAGAAAAUUUGAAGGCAGCAAUCGAGGAGAAGCGACGAAUUCUAGCCAACCGCGAGGGGGUGAUCUUCAAGACGCUGCAGAAAUUACGGGAACUGACAUGGGAUGUUUUAUUGCAUCCACUAUAUUCCUCAGAUAUCGCACCAUCAGACUACCACUUGUUUUGGUCAUUGCAAAAUUAUCUGGACGGCAAAAUGCAAUGGUAUUAUGGGUGGGAACAGCGUGAAAUCAGCAGUUGA